AUGCAGCAUCUUACGGAGAAGCUCGAUUAUGAGAUGGCAGGUAGGCGUUACAAGAAUGGGACUAGGCUACAAUCAAAGCCAAGUUCCUUCAAUUUAAUGGUUCAGUUGUGCUAUAGCCUAAAACAUUUUGCGCAUAAAAGGAGGAGCAUCUGUCAACCGUCAAACAGUCAAACAGUCAAGAAUAGUGAAAAUAGAACCAAAAGACAGCACAUAAAAGACAACAAUGAGAGAGAGGUAACUCAUUAACAGACUGUUCUCACACAUCAUCAUGUUUGCUGGCUCCAUCCUUCACUAUUCUUGGAGGUAUUCUCUAGGCUGUUAGUUAAACGUCUCAUUCAGCAGCUGUAGGAAAUGGAAAACGAUACCAAGAGUUAAAUAAAACCCUUAACUUAACCUUCGGUGUACUGCCGUGAGGGAUUAAACCUGACUCCAUUCAGGUUUUUGGAUAAACCCUGCUUCCCCUAAAUGGACCAUCAAUCAGGAGAGAUUAGGACGUUUCUGACUGCACUCCUGUCAAUACUAAUUAGACUUUCAUAGGUAACGUCUUGCAGGACCCCACUUGUCCAAAUAAGCUGCUUUAGUCGGAAGACAAAUCCGUCUAACCCACAUAUCAGAGAACUGGCCCAUUUGGCAUGUUACACAGUAUAGGCCUAAUAAUGUCUUAGGGUGGCAUUCUACAUCACUAUACUGUAUAUUCAACAGUUUUGCUAUACUUAAAAGAUGGCACUUAAACAAAAAUGUACAUCUGAAGAGUUGUUGAUUCUAAUAAAGUCAGUGUUUCAGACGCAUUUCAGAUGCACUUUGUCAUCAGUCAUUAGUCAUUGUAAUUUGAUGGAUUGUGAAAGUAUUCACCCCCCUUGGCAUUUUUCCUAUUUUGUUGCCUUAAAACCUGGAAUUAAAAUUGAUAUUUGGAGGGUUUGUAUCAUUUGAUUUACACAACAUGCCUACCACUUUGAAGAUGCAACAUGUUUUUUAUUGUGAAACAAACAAGAAAUAAGACAAAAUAAACAGAAAACUUGAGCGUGCAUAACUAUUCAGCCCCCCAAAGUCAAUACUUUGUAGAGCCACCUUUUGCAGCAAUUACAGCUGCAAGUCUCUUGGGGUAUGUCUAUAUAAGCUUGGCACAUCUAACCACUGGGAUUUUUGCCCAUUCUUCAAGGCAAAACUGCUCCAGCUCCUUCAAGUUGGAUGGGUUCUGCUGGUGUACAGCAAUCUUUAAGUCAUACCACAGAUUCUCAAUUAGAUUGAGGUCUGGGCUUUGACUAGGCCAUUCCAAGAUAUUUAAAUGUUUCCCUUUAAACCACUUGAGUGUUGCUUUAGCAGUAUGCUUAGGGUCAUUGCCCUGCUGGAAGGUGAACCUCCGUCCCAGUCUCAAAUCUCUGGAAGACUGAAAUAGGUUUCCCUCAAGAAUUUCCCUGUAUUUAGCGUCAUCCAUCAUUCCUUCAAUUCUGACCAGUUUCCCAGUCCCUGCUGAUGAAAAACAUCCCCACAGCAUGAUGCUGCCACCACCAUGCUUCACUGUGGGGGUGGUGUUCUCGGGGUGAUGAGAGGUGUUGGGUUUGCGCCAGACAUAGCGUUUUCCUUGAUGGCCAAAAAGCUCAAUUUUAGUCUCAUCUGACCAGAGUACCUUCUUCCAUAUGUUUGGGGAGUCUCCCACAUGCCUUUUGGCGAACACCAAACGUGUUUGCAAUUUUUUUCUUUAAGCAAUGGCUUUUUUCUGGCCACUCAUCCGUAAAGCCCAGUUCUGUGGAGUGUACGGCUUAAAGUGGUCCUAUGGACAGAUACUCCAAUCUCCGCUGUGGAGCUUUGCAGCUCCUUCAGGGUUAUCUUUGGUCUCUUUGUUGCCUCUCUGAUUAAUGCCCUCCUUGCCUGGUCCGUGAGUUUUGGUGGGCGGCCCUCUCUUGGCAGGUUUGUUGUGGUGCAAUAUUCUUUCCAUUUUUUAAAUAAUGGAUUUAAUGGUGCUCCGUGGGAUGUUCAAAGUUUCUGAUAUUUGUUUAUAACCCAACCCUGAUCUGUAGUUCUCCACAACUUUGUCCCUGACAUGUUUGGAGAGCUCCUUGGUCUUCAUGGUGCCGCUUGCUUGGUGGUGCCCCUUGCUUAGUGGUGUUGCAGACUCUGGGGCCUUUCAGAACAGAUGUAUAUAUACUGAGAUCAUGUGACAGAUCAUGUGACACUUAGAUUGCACACAGGUGGACUUUAUUUAACUAAUUAUGUGACUUCUGAAGGUAAUUGGUUGCACCAGAUCUUAUUUAGGGGUUUCAUAGCAAAGGGGGUGAAUACAUAUGCACACAUCACUUUUCCGUUAUUUAUUUUGUAUAAUCUUUUGAAACAAGUUAUUAUUUUCAUUUCACUUCACCAAUUUGGACUAUUUUGUGUAUGUCCGUUACAUGAAAUCCAAAUAAAAAUCAAUUUAAAUUACAGGUUGUAAUGCAACAAAAUAGGAAAAACACCAAGGGGGAUGAAUACUUUUGCAAGGCACUUUAUAAAGGCUUAUUUUUUUUACUUAUCAACCAUUCCAGCUUCAACAGGGCCUUGUGGGCCUACACGGCCUGUUGUUACCUGGAUUUCUCUCAGCACUAUUUUUCCUGUUUAAGUGUAGUCAGUCAUCAUACGUAUUCCUCAUAGACAACUUUCAUUUUUUAAAGGUUCCACUUUAAAACCCCUUACCCUAUUGCCAUUCCACUGACCAGUCUGGGACCCAGUUACGUCAGCAUGGCAUUUAAAUUACCUUUAACCUUCUCUGCCACCAAAGCCUUCUCAGACAAGAUUAUGGGCCUCUGAAAUCCACUCUACUUAGUUGUUAGUGGUAAAUAACAGUUAAGAAAAGACAGUCCAGCCCAUGCCAUGGCACGAAUUAUACCAUGGCCCUAGUGCCAACCGUGCCCUAAUUCCUCCAAGGCCAUAAUCCUUUCAAAAGGCCCAAAGGAUGGUAUAUAAUCCCUAGCAUAGUUGAGAAGAACGAAUUGGACUUCAGCAGUCAACUUCAGAAACUCCUGUUAAGCAGUCCAGGAUGGCAGAGCUAGGAGUGUUUGCUGGCAGGUGGCACGAUGAUACAACGAGAGAAUCAGGCUUCGCCUACACCAACAGCAAUAACACCAAAGGUACAGUACAUCUUGUUCAGUGUAGUACCUGAGGGUGACAUCAUUUGGUAGAACUAUUGAAAGAGCCUAAUUCUGUACAUUCCCCCAAAAUAUUGUAGAUAUUGUAGAUUUACAGAGAGUAAUGGUGUCCUUUUUAAGUUAAAUUGAUGUUGCUGAAGGUUUUUUGUUGCAGUGUAGUUCUCUUAUACGUUAUUUCACAAACAGCAGACAUACCAUUUGGAACUGGCAUUAGCAGUACACAUAAUGAUACAAGCAAUUCAUUGAAUUAUUUGUGUCGGGACAAUGUUUUUCUUGUUCAUAACAUUUGAUGCACACAUUCUGUUCAAAAUAUUGGUUACUGUCCUCAUAUGACUAUGUCAAUAAGUCAUGAAUUGAUAUUACAUUUAACAUUUUUUAUAUUCAAAUAUAAUUUUAAUCUCUUGUUCUUUUGCAGAUCCUUUUGCGGGCCCCAACUACCACAUUGCUCCAAGAUGGGUGUACAAUAUUUCAACACUUUGGAUGAUAUUUGUGGUCAUCGCCUCAGUCUUCACCAAUGGCCUGGUACUGGUGGCCACUGCAAAAUUCAAGAAGCUCCAACACCCUCUCAACUGGAUCUUGGUCAACCUUGCUAUUGCUGACAUUGGAGAAACACUUUUGGCUAGCACCAUCAGCAUUUGCAACCAGAUUUUUGGCUACUUCAUUCUGGGACAUCCAAUGUGUGUAUUUGAGGGAUACACUGUCUCUGUGUGUGGUAAGAGGCUCCUCAGUUUUACAAAUAUUUUUAUUGUAUUUAUUGUACCAGUAAUAUUUGGAAAUUGUAGAUUAAUGUAUAAAGAAAUUAAUCGACACAAAGUGUUCCCUAUAGGCAUUUCCUUGGUGCAUGUUAUGAUGGUGCUGUGUUUUCACAUAGAAUUAGAGUGUCUCUAACUUUGAGUACAACUGUUCCCCUGCACAGGUAUUGCUGCUCUGUGGUCCCUGGCUAUCAUCUCCUGGGAGAGAUGGGUGGUGGUGUGCAAGCCCUUUGGAAGUGUCAAGUUUAAUGCCAAAUGGGCCAUGGGAGGCAUUAUGUUUUCCUGGGUCUGGGCUGCUUUCUGGUGUGCUCCUCCCAUCUUUGGCUGGAGCAGGUAUGGAUUUCUCUUCUUAUUUCACUGAGGAUUCAUGUUCAAAAUAUUAUGUUAUUUAACCAAUUUCUUUAUGUCUCUCUUUCCAUCAGGUACUGGCCUCAUGGCCUGAAGACUUCCUGUGGACCUGAUGUGUUCGGAGGCAAUGAGGAUCCUGGAGUCAAGUCCUACAUGAUUACUCUCAUGAUUACAUGCUGCUUCUUCCCCCUGGCUGUGAUCAUCUUCUGCUACAUUUUCGUGUGGCUAGCCAUCCGUGCAGUAAGUGAUAUUUUAAAUAUGCUAUACUGUAGCAAGCAACUAUGUUGUUAAAUACAGUAAUGGUCAAGUGUAUUAAAAUGUUAAAUCUAACCAUUUGAUAUUCCUUCUAAAUGACCACAGGUUGCUGCGGAGCAGAAAGACUCAGAGUCAACACAGAAGGCUGAGAAGGAAGUGUCCAGGAUGGUUGUUGUCAUGAUCAUAGCUUUCUGUGUAUGCUGGGGACCUUAUACCUGCUUUGCCUGCUUUGCUGCGGCUAAUCCUGGGUAUGCUUUCCACCCUCUGGCAGCUGCACUGCCUGCCUACUUUGCCAAGAGCGCCACCAUCUACAAUCCAGUUAUCUAUGUCUUCAUGAACAAACAGGUCGGUGUAUUUGUCUGAUAGCUACAUGUACACUGAACAAAAAGAGGCCUUAAUCUAUGGAUUUCACACGACUGGGAAUACAGAUAUGCAUCUGUUGGACACAGAUACCUUAAAAAAAAGGUAGGGCCGUGGAUCAGAAAACCAGUCAGUAUCUGGUGUGACCACCAUUUGCCUCAUGCAGCGCGACACAUCUCCUUCGCAUAGAGUUGAUCAGGCUGUUGAUUGUGGCCUGUGGAAUGUUGUAGCACUCCUCUCCAAUGGCUGUACGAAGUUACUGGAUUUUGUCAGGAACUGGAACACGCUGCCGUACACAUCGAUCCAGAGCAUCCCAAACAUGCUCAAUGGGUGGUGACAUGUCUGGAGAGUAUGCAGGCCAUGAAAGAACUGGUACAUUUUCAGCUUCCAGGAAUUGUGUAUGACACUGAACUGCAGUCAGGUCAAGACUCUGGUGAUGACGAUGGGCAUUCAGAUGAACUUCCCUGAGGUUUCGGACAGUUUGUGCAGAAAUUAUUUGGUUGUGCAAACCCACAGUUUCAUCAGCUGUCCGGGUGGCUGGUCUCAGACGAUCCCGCAGGUGAAGAAGCCAGAUGUGGAGGGCUGGCGUAGUUACACGGGGUCUGCGGUUGUGAGGCCGGUUGGACGUACUGCCAAAUUCCCUAAAAGAAUGUUGGAGGCGGCUUAUGGUAGAGAAAUGAACAUUCGAUUAUCUGACAACAAUUUCUUUGCACAUUCCUGCAGUCAGAAUGCCAAUUGCAUGCUCUCUCAAAACUUGAGACAUCAAUGGCAUUGUGUUGUGUGACAAAACUGCACAUUUUAGAGUGGCCUUUUAUUGUCCCCAGCACAAGGUGCACCUGUGUAAUUAUCAUGCUGUUUAAUCAGCUUCUUGAAAGGUGAAUGGAUUAUCUUGGCAAAGGAAAAAUGCUCACUAACAGGGAUGUAAAGACAUUUUCGCACAAAAUUUGAUAGAAAGAAGCUUUUUGUGUAUAUGGAAAAUUUCUGGGAUCUUUUAUUUCAGCGCAUGACACAUGGGCCCAACACUUUACAUGUUGCGUUUAUAUUUUGGUUCAGUAUAAUUUGACCCAUCAAUAAUAAAGUCGUUAACAAAGGACUCAUGUCUACCUAAAUGUAGACAUACAGUAUAUUUUGAAUCUCUUUCCUCAUGUUCCAUUCUUCUUCUCUCUCCCCAGUUCCGUUCCUGCAUCAUGCAGCUCUUUGGCAAGGUAGAAGAUGAUGGCUCUGAAGUGUCUACAUCAAAAACAGAGGUUUCCUCUGUGGCACCUGCAUAAACCCCAGACAACGUCGUACGUCUUGGAAACAAAUCGUUCUGUGGAGAUUUUAUGAAUGGGACUUUUUAAAUGUACAGUACAUCCUCUUGUGUUUCUUAAACAAAAAAUGUCCCACAACUUUUCAGGAGAUGAUUAAGCUUUACCUCAUACAGUUGCAAUGUGUGUAAAAACAUUACCCACGAAACCUAAAUUGCUAUGAUCCACCCCUUGGAGUUUUUCUAAUCCAUGAUCUUCGAAACAACCAGAGAAUGGUGUGGUAAUUGAUAUGCAUACUAUGGCUAUUUGAGUGGUAUAUUAUGGGAAUGUGUAUAUAGUACUACUAUCAAUGUCUGUUCAAGUGGCAAGAAAAAGUUGUCAUCUUGGAAUGCAUUCCCUUCAAUCUGCAGUGGCUAAACUAGACAGCACCACAGCAAAGGAGAACUGAAAUUAACUGCCGAUGGAAAUCUGAUAACUCAAAAUGAUGUGAACAAUAUAUGGUUUGAAAACCCCUUACUUUUAAAGUAACUUAUGAGGUAAACAUUUUCUAUCCAUCUUGCAAAUAAAAAAACAACAACAACAAAAUGAUAGUAAAUAGAUAAUUGUGUAUACAAUGUAUUUAACAAUGUUUUUUUCUGAUUAAAAUAAAUGUCAUGCAUGCAGCAAAAUGAAAAUACCCUCUGGUCUCACUUUCUAUUUUUAUACACUGUUUAAAACAAUUUUAUUCACUGCUACCUGUUAUCAAUGAUUGUUUAAAGACCAAACUCACAUGACACACCCCAUAUGAACUGUCUGGUAAAGCGGAUAGUAUAGAGAUUAUCUCCCCAAUCAGCCUAAAGGACCAAAGUGGUCCACUUUCCUCAUCAUUGGUUUGUAUUUACAGCAGGAAAAGCUUGAACAUAGAAUGAAGUAAAUUAAAUCAACAACGUCUGAUUAUCCCCCCAAAGACUACUUCCCUAUUUACUUUGUUAUAGUAAAAACAUUUAUAUUGUCAAAAUAUGUUUUCACUAUUUACAAGUAAUAAGAACAAUUGUUAAGUCAACAAUUUUUCCUUUUAAGCAUGAAGAGGAUAAGGAAUUUCACCUGAAUGCUAAAUUACGUGACACCAAAAGCACUUCUUAUCCAAGAAGGAUUAACCUUAAAUUCAAACCUUGGCUUCAGUUCGUCCAAGCCAGCGUAACUGAAGUUAUGGGUGUGUGUGUGUGUGUUCGAUCUUAAUCUCGAUGACAACAUGGCUGGUAUAAAACCCCACAGAUUGGGGUACACCAUCUUGUUGGUUGCUAACACCACAACAGGUGAUCAGCAAGAAAAGACAAGAGAAGCCAACCACAAGACAGAAAAAAAGCAACCAACAGGUAAAGGCAAAAAACACAAUUGUGGUAACAAACAACUGGCAAGGUAAAUAUUUUAGAACAAUUCAAUGACUGAAAUGGAAAUAAUAUGUUGUCUUCUUGAUGUGCAUAUUCUUCAGAUACCUUCUCAGAAAUGGCAGAAAGUUGGGGAAGGGCUGCUUUUGCAGCCAGGCGACAAAACCAAGAUACAACGAGAGAAUCUUCCUUCACCUUCACCAACAGUAAUAACACCAAAGGUGAGAGAGGACAAGCAAAUGCAUCUACCUUGAUUGAAACUUUCAAUUCAUAUAUUUUAUUUUAUUUAAAUUAUGAGGUUAUAUUUCCUGUAUUUAUUAAUGUUUUUAUUGAAGUUCUAUACAACAUAGAUGGCAUAAGUAAAAUUGCACUUUAUACGUAUAAUUUGAAUGAAUUAAUACCAUUGAUGUAAUUUGCAUUGCUUUUGCAUUUUAAUUGAUCAUCUAAAAGCAUGUAGAUAAUCUAACCAGGCACUUGCACCUGUCAUUUUCACAUUCUUAGAAAAAUACUUUUCUCUGUUUUAUCUCAGAUCCCUUUGAGGGCCCCAACUACCACAUUGCUCCAAGAUGGGUGUACAAUGUUUCAACACUUUGGAUGAUCAUAGUGGUCAUCCUCUCAGUCUUCACCAAUGGCCUGGUACUGGUGGCCACUGCAAAAUUCAAGAAGCUCCAACACCCUCUCAACUGGAUCUUGGUCAACCUUGCUAUUGCUGACAUUGGAGAAACACUUUUGGCUAGCACCAUCAGCGUUUGCAACCAGUUUUUUGGUUACUUCAUUCUGGGACAUCCAAUGUGUGUCUUUGAGGGAUACACUGUCUCUGUGUGCGGUAAGAUGCAGUUUUACAUGGACUACAAAAUUAUCUCAUAUUUAACAAUAAAAUUAUAAAUUGCUACACAGUGCUGAGAAAUAGUAAUUGGCAGAACAUAGCAUAGUGACAGUAAUCAGAAUUUCUCUUUUGUUUAAUUUACAGUGUAUGUAUAUAUUAUGCACAGGUAUUGCUGCUCUGUGGUCUCUGGCUGUCAUCUCCUGGGAGAGAUGGGUGGUGGUGUGCAAGCCCUUUGGAAGUGUCAAGUUUGAUGCCAAAUGGGCCAUGGGAGGCAUUAUCUUUUCCUGGGUCUGGGCUGCUUUCUGGUGUGCUCCCCCCAUCUUUGGCUGGAGCAGGUGUGGAUUUCUCUUCUUAUUUCACUGAGGAUUCAAGUUCAAAAGAUUAAAUUAUUCAACACAUUUCUUUAUCUCUCUCCCUCCAACAGGUACUGGCCUCAUGGCCUGAAGACUUCCUGUGGACCUGAUGUGUUCGGAGGCAAUGAGGAUCCUGGAGUCAAGUCCUACAUGAUUACUCUCAUGAUUACAUGCUGCUUCUUCCCCCUGGCCGUGAUCAUCUUCUGCUACAUUUUCGUGUGGCUAGCCAUCCGUGCAGUAAGUGAUAUUUUAAAUAUACUAUACUGUAGCAAGCAACUACGUUGUUAAAUACAGUAAUGGUCAAGUGUACCUUUUGAAAAGGCAUAUUAGAGCGUUAAAUCUAACCAUUUGAUAUUCCUUCUGAAUGACCACAGGUUGCUGCGCAGCAGAAAGACUCAGAGUCAACACAGAAGGCUGAGAAGGAAGUGUCCAGGAUGGUUGUUGUCAUGAUUAUAGCUUACUGUGUAUGCUGGGGACCUUAUACCUGCUUUGCCUGCUUUGCUGCGGCUAACCCUGGGUAUGCAUUCCACCCUCUGGCUGCCGCCAUCCCUGCCUACUUUGCCAAGAGCGCCACCAUCUACAAUCCAGUUAUAUAUGUCUUCAUGAAUAGACAGGUAAGUCUUAACAGGAUUCUCAGACACUGUUUUUUAUUUAAUCUUACUGAUUUCGUGUAACAAAGCUCUAACAAUACACAUUUUUCUAAAUGUUUCACAGUUGCCUUUCUUGUGAAGUACAUUUUUAUUUAUUUUAAAAAGCAUCAGCUGACAAUGUGUUCGCUCAAUUUCUAGAUAGUAAUUUUAAUUAUUCCUCUCUCUCCAGUUCCGUACUUGCAUCAUGCAGCUCUUUGGAAAGGCAGAAGAUGAUGGCUCUGAAGUGUCUACAUCAAAAACAGAGGUUUCCUCUGUGGCACCUGCAUAAACCCCAGACAACAUCGUACCUCUUGGAAACCAAUCGUGAACGUUUUGAGGAGAUUUUCCAAAUGGAACUUUUCAAAUGUACAGUACAUCCUCUUGUUUUCUUAAACAAAUAUUCUCCCACAACUUUUCAGGAGAUUAUUAAGCUUUACCUCAUACAGUUGCAAGGUGUGUAAAAACGUUGCCCACAAAAACUAAAUUGCUGUGGACCACCCCUUGGAGCUUUUUUAAUCCAUGGUCUUCAAUUAAACAAGCAGAGAAUGGUGUGGUAAUUGAUAUGCAUACUAUAGCUAUUUGAGUGGUAUAUUAUGGGAAUGUGUAUAUAGUACUAUUAUCAAUGUCUGUUCAAGUGGCAAGAAAAUGUUGUCAUCUUGGACGGCAUUCCCUUCACUCUGCAGUGGCUAAACUAGACAGCAUCACAGCUAAGGAGAACUGAAAUAAACUGGCAAUGGAAAUCUGAUAAUCUCAAAAUGAUGUGAACAAUGUAUGGUUUGAAAACCCCUUACUUUUAAAGUAACUUAUGAGGUAAACAUUUUGAAUCCCUCUUGCAAAUAAAAAAACAAAACAAAAAAUAAUAAUAGUAAAUAGAUAAUUGUGUAUACAAUGUAUUUAACAAUGUUUUUUUCUGAUUAAAAUAAAUUUCAUGCAUGCAGCAAAAUGAAA